GCCGCUCCACGCGGGAAAAGAAUGUAAACAAUGUGUGUUUGAAUGUACUGUAUAUGUGUAAUAUACUGCGUACCAUCUUAUACAGUAUACAUGUACACUGUUGAAAUGACUCGUAUGCUGGAGUUGGGAACUAUAGUAAUAAAGUCCAACAGGGAAUUACAGCUGGAAGGUAUAGCUCCCAACUCCAAUUUAUUACUAGCCAACACCGUGCAGGCCCGCUUCGGCCGCCUGUUGCAGGAGCAGAACGGGAAUCACGCCGUGGUUGUCGCCGAGGAUGCCGAUCUGAACAAGGCGGCCGGCGUCGCUUUAUACAAGCAGACCAUCGCCGACGCCCAGUUGGCCGGCUUCCGCGUCCUCGUGGGCGGGGAACCCAUCAGCCACGCCUCCGGUGGCAACUUCGGCUAACCGACCAUCAUCCCCAACCUCUCGCACAACGCCCCCGUCCUCCUCAAGGAGACCUUCGCCCCAUUUCUUACGCCCUGAAAUACCGGACUUCGAAGGAGGCCAUCGCCUGGAAUAACGAGGUUGACCAGGGAUUGUCGUCCAGCAUUUUCACGCAGAAUACCGGGACGAUGCACGCGUGACUGGGCGUCGGCGAAUCGGACUGCGUGAUCGUCAACGUCAAUAGCAGCACGUCCGGAGCAAAGAUGGACGAGCCGUCGGGGCGAAUAAGCACACCGGCGGGGGGACGGGAGAGCGGGAGUGAUCCGUGGAAGCAGUAUAUGCGCCGCCGAAGGCGUACGAAUAAUUACAGCAGGGAGCUGCCCCUCGCGCAGGGACUGAGUUUGAUUUUUUAGAGUGUUCUUCAUGCCGGUCGCUUGAUUGUGGUGUUUGUUUGCGGUGUGUUGUACUCGUAGUAUAGUGGCUUAGAAAAAAACGCUGCUCGGAGACGA